GCUACAACCACCGAGCCAUCGACAUAGCCAUUGUAUUUAUGGAAAGCACCAUCUCCGCUUUGUGUUUUGAUAUCAGCAGCUUUUAGAAAAACUGUGAACGUGGGAAUAGUUGGAGACCUCCGGAUCGCGAAAUGUUGGAAUGGAAGGCGCAGACUCUGACUCGCCGUCCCAAACAGGAGUAUGAAGUACUUUGUGGAUCCGAGAUCACCAAGAGAGAAACUUUGUUUCCUUUGGAUAUCCAAAAACGCUUGCGGGACAAUAUAAUAACGUGGUUAACAAACAGCAAAGCGCAGGUUCUGCAACAUGGCCUCGGCUGUUAAUGUCUCCUCUGAGCAGGAAAACAGGGACCCCGAUCGGCCGAGGUUAACACGGAGAAAUAGGGGGAUCUACCAUACAACUACAUUGGAUUUGGAAUAUUUGCAACGACCGAGUUACUGUGAUGCAGCUUUUGCGUUGGAGCAAAUAUCCCAGGGGAGGGCGACUGGAAGAAAAGCACCGCUGUGGCUGAGAGCAAAGUUUCAAAGACUUUUGUUUAAACUGGGGUGUUACAUACAACAGAACUGUGGAAAGUUUUUAGUUGUCGGCCUCUUAAUAUUUGGAGCUUUCGCUGUUGGCUUGAGGGCAGCUAAUCUAGAAACCGACGUGGAGAAACUCUGGGUAGAAGAUGGGGGCAGGGUGAACGAGGAGCUGAAGUACACGCGGCAGAAGAUCGGGGAGGAGGCCAUGUUCAACCCGCAGCUCAUGAUCCAGACGCCGCGCGAGCGAGGCGCCAACGUCCUGACGCUGGAGGCACUGAGGCAGCACCACGACUCUGCCCUCAAGGCCAGCCAGGUGCAGGUCUUCAUGUACAACAGGCAAUGGAAUUUAGAACAGUUGUGCUACAAAUCAGGAGAAAUGGUGACCGAAUUCAAUUUCUUGGCUCAGAUAAUCGAAAAUCUUCACCCCUGCCUCAUCAUCACGCCAUUGGACUGCUUCUGGGAAGGUGCCAAGCUACAGCUGGGCAUGGUAUAUCUCCCCGGGAAAGGACCAACUCAGUGGACCAACUUCAACCCAGUGGAGUUCCUGGGCGUCCUGAAGUCCUUGGACAUACAGGUGGACAGCUGGAUGCAGCUGCUGGAGAGCGCUGGCGUGGGCCAGGGCUACAUGGACCGGCCGUGCCUGAACCCCAAAGACCCCGACUGCCCCCCCUCCGCCCCCAACAAGAACGACACGCAGGCCCUCGACAUUGGCCACAUCCUCGCAGGUGGGUGUUACGGCAUCUCCAAGAACUACAUGCACUGGCAGGAGGAGCUCAUCAUCGGAGGGACCAUCAAGAACGGAAGUGGAAAACUUCUAAGUGCCCAAGCCCUGCAAACCAUGUUUCAGCUGAUGACCCCUAAGCAGAUGUACGAACACUGGAAGCACCGCCACGAAAUCGAGGCCAUGAACUGGAAUGAGGACAAAGCAGCCGCCAUCUUGGAAGCUUGGCAAAGGAGAUACUCUGAGGCCGUGCAGCAGAGUGUCCCUGUCAACUCCUCCCAGAAAGUGCUCACCUUCACCACCACCACCCUCGAGGACAUCCUCAAGUCCUUCUCCGAUGUCAGUGUCAUCCGCAUCGCCAGCGGCUACCUGCUAAUGUUGGCCUACGCCUGCCUGACCAUGCUGCGCUGGGACUGCGCCAAGUCCCAGGGUGCCGUGGGGCUGGCGGGCGUCCUGCUCGUCACCCUGUCCGUGGCAGCCGGGCUGGGCCUGUGCUCUCUCAUCGGGAUCUCCUUCAACGCCGCCACCACUCAGGUGUUGCCAUUUCUGGCUCUGGGCGUGGGUGUGGAUGAUGUCUUUCUCCUGGCCCAUGCCUUCAGUGAGACUGGGCAGAACAAGAGGAUCCCAUUCGAGGACCGCACUGGUGAGUGUCUGAAGAGGACAGGCGCCAGCGUGGCUCUCACCUCCAUCAGCAACGUCACCGCCUUCUUCAUGGCUGCACUCAUCCCCAUCCCAGCCCUCCGCGCCUUCUCACUACAGGCGGCAGUGGUGGUGGUGUUCAACUUUGCCAUGGUGCUACUGAUCUUCCCCGCCAUCCUCAGCAUGGACCUGUACCGCCGAGAGGACCGCCGCUUCGACAUCUUCUGCUGCUUCGUCAGCCCAUGUGCCACCCGGGUGAUCCAGAUCGAGCCGCAGGCCUACGUGGACGGCUCGGACGGCAGCCGCUACAGCCCUCCGCCGCCGUCCUUCGGCAGCCCGCCGCCGUCCUACAGCAGCCACAGCUUCGCGCAGCAGACGCAGAUCACCAUGCGCUCCACCGUGCAGCUGCGCACCGAGUACGACCCGCGCACGCAGGCCUACUACACCACGGCCGAGCCGCACUCGCAGAUCCACGUGCAGCCCUUCGCCCCGGCGCCGGCCCCCGCGCCCGCCCCCGCGCCCACCGCCACUAACGUCAACAACAACAACAACAACACCAACACCGGCGCCCACCACAACUACAACAACAGCAGCGCCAGCGGCCACCGGGCGGCCAGCGCCAGCAGCAGCGGCAUCGGCACCAACGCGGCCACCACGCCCAGCGGCGCCGCCCCGUCCGCCUCGUGCGCCGGGGCGCCCGUCGACCCCGCCUUCCCGUCCUCCUCGACGCCGUGCCAGAGCCCGGCGAGCGCCAGCUCCACGCGGGACCUGCUGUCCAACUUCUCGGAGCUGGCGGCCGGCGGCCGCGGCCACGUGCACCACUCCUGCCCCGAGCCGCCCUGCUGGCGCUGGAGCUUCGCCUCGUUCGCCGAGAGGCACUACGCCCCCUUCCUGCUGCAGCCCACCACCAAGGUGGUGGUGAUCAUCCUGUUCCUGGGCCUGCUGGGCGUGAGCCUGUACGGCACCACGUGCGUGCGCGACGGCCUGGAGCUCACCGACAUCGUGCCGCGCGAGACCAGCGAGUACGACUUCCUGGGCGCCCAGUUCAAGUACUUCUCCUUCUACAACAUGUACGUGGUGACGCAGCGGGCCGACUACCCGCGCGCGCAGGGGCUCCUCUACGACCUGCACGGCCGCUUCGAGUCGGUCAAGUACGUGCUGCGCGAGGACGACGGCCAGCUGCCGCGCAUGUGGCUGCACCUGUUCCGCGACUGGCUGCAAGGUCUACAGCAGGCAUUCGACCAUGACUGGGAGACCGGCCGAAUCACGCGCAACAACUUCAGGAACGGCACUGACGACGGCAUCUUGGCCUACAAACUGCUGAUCCAGACAGGAAGGAGAGACAAGCCCAUCAACUACAACCAGCUGACCCGACAGCGGCUCGUGGACGCAGACGGCAUCAUCAACCCCAGCUGCUUCUACAUCUACCUGUCGGCCUGGGUCAGCAACGACCCCAUGGCCUACGCCGCCUCCCAGGCCAACAUCCGGCCCCAGCCGCCAGAGUGGAUCCACGACAGGACCCAGUCCCUCUCCGACAACUGGUUCAGCAUUCCUGCCGCUGAACCGAUCGAAUACGCACAGUUCCCAUUCUACCUCAACGGCCUCCGAGAGACGCCGCAGUUCGUGGAAGCCAUCGAGAGCGUCCGGGCCAUCUGCGGCAACUACAGCCGGCAGGGCCUCCCCAGCUACCCCAACGGCUACCCGUUCCUGUUCUGGGAGCAGUACGUCAGCCUGCGCCACUGGCUGCUGCUCUCCAUCAGCGUGGUGCUGGCCUGCACCUUCCUGGUGUGCGCCGUCUUCCUCCUCAACCCCUGGACCGCCGGCAUCAUCGUGCUGGUGCUGGCGCUGAUGACAGUGGAGUUGUUUGGAAUGAUGGGUCUGAUUGGCAUCAAGCUCAGUGCUGUCCCUGUCGUGAUCCUCAUCGCCUCGGUCGGCAUCGGGGUGGAGUUCACCGUUCACGUAGCACUGGCUUUCCUCACCGCCAUCGGCGACCGCAACAAGCGCGCCAUCUUGGCCCUGGAGCACAUGUUUGCCCCCGUGCUGGACGGCGCCUUCUCCACCCUGCUGGGCGUCCUCAUGCUGGCCGGCUCCGAGUUCGACUUCAUCGUCAAAUACUUCUUUGCCGUGCUCGCCAUCUUAACGGUGUUGGGGGUCCUCAACGGGCUGGUGCUGCUCCCAGUGCUCUUGUCUUAUUUCGGGCCCUACCCAGAGGUCUCGCCCGUGGAUGGCCGUAGCCAGCUGCCCACGCCCUCACCAGAGCCCCCGCCGCAGGUGGUCCGCUUCUCCGUGCGGCCGCGCCACACCACCACGGGCACCGGCUCCGACUCGUCGGACUCCGAGUACGGCUCCAACACCACCGUGUCCGGCAUCAGCCAGGAGCUGCAGCAGUACGACCUCCGGCCCAGCAGGGGGAAGCAGCCCUCGCACCAGGUGGACCUGCCUGCCUACCCAGUGGCCUCGGCGGUGCACUCUGACCCUCGGCCGCCUCACGUCCUCUCGUCCCCUCCUCAGGAAGCCGCUCCGCCCCACCUGGCCCGCCGCUACAGCAGCAGGGAGCCCAAGAGGGAGCCGAGCGGCGGCGGUCACCAGCAGCAGCAUCAGCACCGCCGUCAGGCCCCCACGCACCCCUCCCACACCUCCCAGCCCCCGCCCCACCGGCCGCGCACGGACGCUUUCGAAACCGCUACUGACCCCAGCGCCGGGGGCCGCUUCCCUCACGACGGGCCCCCGUCCGGCCACGGCAGCAGGGGCCAGCAGCAGCACCACCGCUCGCGGGCGCACCACCAGUACCAGGCGCCGCCGCCCCCCCACUCCCACCCGCACCCCCACUCCUCCAACCCCGCCUACGGCCAGCCCAUCACCACGGUGACGGCCUCGGCGUCGGUCACGGUGGCCGUGCACAGUCCCAGCUACCCCCAGCCCUUCACCCUGAGCGACAGCUACCCCCGCCAGCCCUUCCAGGAGGCGUACUCGGACAGCGGCAGCAGCGGGAGCAGCAGCCGCCGCAGCAGUCCGUCCUUCCAGGACCCCCACGUGCCCUCGCGAGACUCCUACCGCCACCGCAGGUCCCACCUGGAGGGCAUGGAGCUUCAGGACAUGGAGUACGACGCCCCCAGUGGCCGGCAUCGGAAAUCCUCCAGCUGAGGGUUAGAGAGACUAAGCACAAAGGCCAAAGAUGGGACCUACCCUUCAGCUCCUGCGCCAGUCUUCAGGGGAGGGGAACACUUGGACCAGCAGCACUUCAUUGGUGCUUCACCCUUACUGUAUAACCUAGUGUACAAUUUGUUUUUUUUUGUUUUGUUUUGUUUUUCGUUAGAUAUUUCUAUAAGUAUUUAAAGAAUGUGUACACACAUGUAAAUAUAUAAAAAAAGUAGCUAUAAUGUUUGUUUGUUUGUUUGUGUCGGUGGGGUGUUUUCUGACACCUCGUUCUGAGUUUUCGAAACGGUCUGGGGGGACAUCAGGGGUGGCGUUUGUGUGUGUGUGAUCCUGUCGUUACUGUUCACUCGUCUCGUGUCUCUGUGCCAUGAGGAAGCUUCACCCUAGACGGACAACUUCAGCAGAAAACAGUUGCUGCUUAAUAACAUUGUAUAAUGUACAUGUAUAAUUCUAUGCAAUUAUUUUCAUUUGUAAUAUAGAAGUGUGUGUGCAUGUGGCAUGUGUGUUUGUGUGUGUGUGAGUGUGUGUGUGUGUGUGUGUGUGUGUGUGUGUGUGUGUGUGAGUGAGUGUGUGUUUGCGUGUGCGUGUAUGUGUAUGUGUGUGUGUCUUAGGAUCCUGUAUAAGUGUAUCUUUCUUGAGGUCGCUCUUUACUCGAUUAGGUCUUACAUUAAAAAAAAAAUAUGCUAGCGAUGAUGGUAAGCUAAUAUCAGUUUUUGAAAAUUUGGCCAUACAAAAUUCAGCUCUAGCUUGAUGGGCGUCUAGUUUUCAGAAGACGGCACGGGCAGUCCCCUGAUGCUAUCCGUCACGGGCACUUCCAGAUCAUACAGUACUGUUUCUGUUUCCAUUUUGAGUGGUCACUCUGUUUUUUAACCUUUUCAAUGGGACUCUGACCAGACUGACCGUAACCUUCCUAGGUGCUAAAGUCACUUACAGUACAAGAUACAGAUAGUUAGAUAGAUAUGAGUUGUAGCCACAUCGCUUAUACUGUGACAGGUGGGACCAGCUCAGUGGGAGUUGACUUAGUAGGCGAUCUUACAGUAUCUUGUACGAAACGAGAAGAACAUUUGACUGAAGGCAGCCAUACUGUCCUCAAUCAUUCUUACAGCGGUCUGGUGACUAGCUGUUGGUAGAGACUAAAGGAAACUGACUGCACUGCAAGCUAAGAAAAUUCUGAAGGGAAUAUUGGUAGAUAUAAUUGAGAAAAGCAUUUACUAUUUCACUAAGUGAUUUAUUAUCAUUUUUUUCUAUUGUAGUGGUGGUACUAUGGCAAGUUCUGUUGAGCUAUUCUUCAAAUUUGUAUGGCCUUAUGUUGAAUAAUAAUGGUGCCAGUGUAUGGUCUUAUUAUGAACAAGAGAGAGUCUUCAAAAGGCCUGCACUGUGUGUGUGUGUGUGUGUGUGUGUGUGUGUGUGUGUGUGUGUGUGUGUGUGUGUGUGUGUGUGUGUGUGAAUGUGAAUGACGGCGUGUUUGUUUUGUUUUGAGUGAUUGCCUGUGUGUGCAUUUGAAGGUGCACAGACAUGUCUAUUGAAAUGUUUUAUCACAAAUCUGUGGUAGUAUAAAAAAAAUACUGUUAAACUUUGAAACACGCUAUGCGUGAAAAUUACGAUUAUGAGUCAUACAUAGAAACAUGUUUUUUUUUGUUUUUCCUUUGCUCAUUGUUUUUUUUUUUUUGUUUUUUUUUUUGGUUUCAGUUUGGUUUCGUUUGCCUUUCGUGACAACAGUAGCUCUGUAGUUAGUAGGCCACAACCCUGGGAACUUCGCUCUGACUCCAUGUGCUCCUGUACGGGGCAUGUUUCACUGUAUCAGGCCAUUUAGUGUUGACCCUUGACCCUUGACCCUUGCUUCACAUGUACCUAUGAAAGGUGGCGGAGGGUGAAGGACAGCACAACUGUACUCUGUGCCAUCACACCUAUGUUGACAUUUCCUGUUUUGGAAUAUCGACCAGUAUUGUAUAGCUACAUGCUCAGUGCAAUACACGUCUUUUUUUUUUUUUUUUUUGUCAUUACUCAGAUUUUUGAAGGUGUUAAGCUAAACCAGUACCUACCGUAAUAAUCAACCAGGAACGCAAUAAGCGAGACCGAACUAUCCGCGAUAAGCUCACUGUAUGUCUUGAGUCUAUAAGCUACACAACUGGCAUUGCAAAGGUUCUGCACUAAAUGGCCUUACUGACCUCUUCAAUGACAAGAACCCCAACCACUGGCCCCGCAGGUUAAGCACACGGUCUUACUUGACCUCACCUCAUAAAACGUCCAGUGCGUACCAACACGGCACUAAUUGGAAGUCCACCACCUCCCCUUGCGCCAUCCGGAGGCAAAUGGUGUUUGUAAAAGCUUGUGGGGUCAGGGUUUUAGUCGUUCAUUUUCUGCCAGUUUGCCUCAGUCAUCCUUUCAUCCUUCACUUCCCCUCCGUUUGUCCUCUUGUAAAACAAAUGUAGACCUCUGUUCCAUUUUGUAGUGGUCUUCCGUCUUGUGUUGCGCAUAUAAAUUCCUCGUAUCAUUCUCUCGUCAGUCAUUUCAGUGACCAUAUCUUUUUUUUUUUUUUUUAGACCAUUUCUUUCUUUUCCUUAUUCUUCUGAUGGAACAUUGGCAGAGAAUAGACACAAAACAUGGCUGGCAACUAUUGUAUUUUUUAAAUAUUUUAUUAUUUUUUUACAUUUGGUUUUGCAAUAUUUAUAUUUUUGUAUUAUACUUUUUUUGUUUUGUUUUGUGUUGUUUUUAUUUUCAGUUAUGGUCAAAAUGCCAGUUGGUGACAAAUGCAGGGAUUUUUAUGUUGAAAAACACUAUUACAGUUUUUGUUUUUACAUUAAUGGAUUUUUGAUCUGUAUAAAGUGCUUACUAAUGUUAAAUAGGAAAAAAGAGUAUAUAACAUUUUACAUCAUCGAUUUGUCAUAGCUCUUAGAGGACUUUUUUUAAAAAAAGGAUAAAUAAUCAAUGGUUUUACAGACUGCCAUUUUCCUCAUUCGGAGUGGAUGUAUGUUGUUUCGGUUACAAAGAUAAAUGUAUGCCAUAUAAUUUAUUUAUAUGAAAAUUUAUUUUUGUAGUGUACAUAGUAGUUGUCAAGUUAUUUGACAAAAGUAUAUUUUUAAAGAGUUUAUAUGUAAUGCUACCAAUUUUGUGGAAACAUAACAAGAGAAAUACAUUAAGGUACAGGCACACUUUCAUUGCUAACUUGUUCUCAGACAAACUAAAGUCCCCCACAGUAUUACUAUAGGAGAGUGAGAUGCUCUUGCAGCUGGUUUUUUGGUUUGUGAAAGGCUAGCCAUGAAAGUAGAGAAAUCGUACUAGCUCUCUAAAUAAUAAUGUUCAAACACUGAUAGAAUUCUAACAAAUAAAAGAACACUAUAACUUA